AUGGCAACUGGUUCCACACAAACUGUUUCAACCAAAACUCCUUUCGGAGAGCUCAUUCAGAAAACCCUUCAAGAGCGCGAGAGGAAUAUAGUAUGCUUAGCCUUAGAAGAAAAGGUGUCCUUGAUGGAUAUCAUGGACAAUGAGAAAACCAAAGGAAAAAGAUUGUUAAUGGAAGUGGACUCAAUACAAGAGUUGGAAAAAAGAAAACUUCUAAAACGCGGUUUAGAUCCUUCACCUGAGGUGGUAGAUAUUAAGACCACGGCUAUGGAAAUGAGCAUUGUCUCGGAACUCCCCUUUGUUAAAGAUCCUUUUCUUGGGGCCCUUGAAGGACAAGCUAAUGAAUGCUACACGUCCUCUGUGGAUAUGUUAAAGAAUAAGUUUGAGCAACUUGAAAAACAAUGUAACGAAACAGCCAAACAACACAAGGAAGAGAUGAACAGAGUGGAACAGGAAUUAGAAAAUGUUAAAGCACAACACAAGGAAGAGAUGAACAUGCUAGUGCACAAAGUGAAUGAAAGAUCUAUGCAUCAGCAAGAAAUCGAGAAAAUUAAGAAACGAAUAUCAUCUCUUGAAGGAUGGUUUGGCUGCUGUUUUUUGAGGGGAGAGGAAGUUAAAGUUUUCGAAGAACAUGGGGAUGUAAUUUCAGCAUUGCUAAAUAACGACGAUGACAAAGCUCAUAUGCUUGUUUCAACAAAAGAGGCAGCGAUAAAACUGUCCCAAGUGUUCAAUCUUGCGGUACCAGUGGACAUGUGUGCGCAUGCUUUUAAAUCAAAGAUUUUUGAAUUACUUAAACAGCGAUUGGAGCCACUUCGCAAGUUUUUAUUCAAAGAAAAAUUGUUUUGA